AUGAAGUCCUCAACCGUCUUCCACCUUAUCGGUGCGGCCCAGGCCCACACGAUCAUGCAAUCCUUCAACGGCAAUCCUCAGGGCGCGGGAAUCUACAUGCCUAGCGACGACUCGUUCAUUUCGGAUGUCAACUCCAACUCAAUUGCCUGCAACGGACCCCCUGUUACUUCUUUCCGGUCCUCGUCGCAGGUGUUUACCGUGCAGGCUGGUUCCGAAGUCACUGGAGCCUGGCUGCAUACUCUGACCAGCACCGGGCCAGACUCCACCGCCGACAACAAAGUCAUCGACUCCAGCCACAAGGGACCCGUUAGCGUCUGGAUGAAGAAGGUAUCGGAUGCUACCCAGAACCCAUGGGCCGGCCCAGGUGGAGGUUGGUUCAAGAUCGCCGAGGAGGGUUUGAACAACGGCAGGUGGGGUGUCGACACUGUGAUUGCCUCCGGUGGUAUCCAAAAGGCCAAGAUUCCGACCUGCAUUGAGAACGGCGAUUAUCUCUUGCGUUUCGAGAUCCUCGCCCUCCACUCCGCUUAUAGCCAAGGCGGUGCGCAGUUCUACAUGGAAUGUGCCCAGAUCCGCGUCACUGGAGGCACCGGAACUGAAAAGCCCGCCACCGUGUCCUUGCCAGGUGCUUAUUCGAAAUCUGACCCGGGUAUCGUCGUCAACAUCUACAACAACAAUGGCCAACCGUAUCCGUCGAGCUAUAGUAUCCCCGGGCCUCGCCCAUUCAUUUGUAGUGGCUCAUCGGGCUCCGGUCCCUCAAACCCGAGCGGUGGUGGCAGCGGCGCGACGGCGGCACUGUAUGGACAAUGCGGUGGGAGCGGGUGGACUGGCCCUACCACUUGUGCCUCCGGGACCUGCAAGGCAAGCAACCAGUGGUAUAGCCAAUGCUUACCGUAA